AUGGAGCUGGGGCUUGCGGGCCGUCGGGCGCUGGUCACCGGCGCUGGCAAAGGCAUCGGGCGCAGCUUGGUCCAGGCGCUGCAUGCGGCGGGCGUACGGGUGGUGGCUGUGAGCCGGACCCAGGCCGACCUGGAUAGCCUUGUCCGCGAGUGUCCUGGAGUGGAGCCCUUGUGUGUGGACCUGGCAGACUGGGAGGCCACUGAGCACACCCUGGGCAGCGUGGGCCCCGUGGACCUGCUGGUGAACAAUGCUGGCGUGGCACUGUUGCAGCCCUUCCUGGAGGUCACCAAGGAGGCCUUUGACACGUCCUUUGAUGUGAACCUGAGGGCUGUCAUCCAGGUGUCCCAGAUUGUGGCCAGGGGCAUGAUUGCACGGGGAGCCCCCGGGGCCAUUGUGAAUGUCUCCAGUCAGGCCUCCCAGCGUGCACUUCCCAAUCACACUGUCUACUGCUCUACCAAGGGUGCUCUGGACAUGUUGACCAAGGUGAUGGCCUUAGAGCUCGGGCCGUACAAGAUCCGAGUGAAUGCAGUAAACCCCACAGUGGUGAUGACACCCAUGGGCCAGGCCAACUGGAAUGACCCCCACAAGGCCAAAGUCAUGCUGGACCGCAUCCCACUUGGCAAGUUUGCAGAGAUGGAGAAUGUGGUGGACACCAUCCUUUUCCUGCUGAGUGAUCGAAGCAGCAUGACCACAGGCUCCACUGUGCCCGUGGACGGGGGCUUCCUAGCUACCUGAGCCCGCCCACUCAGCCCCAUACUUAGCCUUCCCCUGCCCUCCAAUAAACCUCAUUCUUCAGC